AUGGAUUUGAAUUAUAAUGAAGCUGGCGAAGAGCCAAUGAACAUAUCUCCUUCACCGGAUUUUCUAUGGCUUUGUAAAGAGUUAUUUGUAAAGAUCGAUGAAAUUGCAAAAAGCAAUACGAAAGAGUUAAACAAACCUGUUUAUACCCUUUACUACGAAGUAAUACAACGAUUUAUAAAUCUUUGGAGAAAGACUGUUGGUAAUGAUAUCUAUCCUGCACUAAGAUUGAUUCUUCCUUAUCGAGAUAGAACAAUUUUUAAUAUCAAGGAAAUUACAUUAGGUAAAGCAUUAUGUUUAUGGCUUAAAUUACCAAGAAAUUCGAUCACUGAGAAGAAACUUCUUCAUUGGAAGGAGUACGCCUCUCGGGGUGAUAAACUCUCUAAUAUAUGUGUUGAUGAAAUAGGUAAACGUAGAAGUGAGUAUUCCCAAGGAUCACCAAUCAAGAAAUCGCUGAGACCAACCCGGAUAUCAAUAGACGAAUUAAAUUCCAAGUUGGACCAAUUAUCGCAAGAAAGAAAUACAAAGGAUAGGGGUUACAAAUCUCUGGCAAACUCCGAAAUAUUUCAGUACUGUCUGCAUAACAUGUCUUUUAUCGAAAUGAAGUAUUUCUUCGAUAUCCUAUUGAAGAACAGGGUCAUCGGUGGUCAGGAACACAAAUUUCUAAAUUGUUGGCACCCAGAUGCAAGGGAUUAUUUAAGCGUGGUCUCAGAUUUACGAGUACUAACAAAGAGGUUAUGGGAUCCUAAUGUUAGAUUAGAGCAAGAUGAUUUAGCAAUAAGAAUAGGUUAUGCAUUCUCACCACAAUUAGCCAAGAAGGUGAAUUCAACCUAUGCAACUGUCAGUAAAAAAUUGUCGAAUAACUUCUUGAUAGAGGAAAAAAUGGAUGGAGAAAGGAUACAAAUACAUUAUAUGAAUUAUGGAAAAGAGAUAAAAUUUCUAAGUAGGCGUGGAACAGAUUUUACAUAUUUAUAUGGAAGCGAUUUGAAUAGUGACACUGUAGCGAAGUAUUUGAAACUUGACAGAAAAGUUAAGAAUUGUAUUCUAGAUGGCGAAAUGGUUACAUUUGAUAUAGGGAGGGGAAUCGUACUGCCGUUCGGCAUUGUAAAAAGUAGUGCGAAAGAUGUCUUAACACAAAACGAUAUUUUAAAUGAAGGGUUUUCCCCAAUGUGUGUGAUAUUCGAUUUACUAUAUGUCAAUGGUGUACCAUUGACAGAGUCACCGCUCCAUCAAAGGAAGGACUAUCUAACAAAAAUAUUAACACCAGUUCCUCAUCGUGUUGAGGUUAUCAACACUGUCAAAUGUGACGGUGAGGAGCUAAUAAAAUCUUCAUUGGAGAAAGCAAUCUAUUUAGGCUCAGAAGGUAUUAUCUUAAAGGCCUAUAAUAGUAAAUACUCUAUAGGUAGUAGAAAUGAUAGUUGGAUAAAAGUAAAACCCGAAUACUUAGAACAAUUUGGUGAAAAUAUGGAUUUGAUAGUAAUGGGAAGAGAUUCAGGUAAGAAAGACUCCUUAAUUUGCGGUCUAAUUGUGUAUGAAAAUGAUAAUAAAUUAAAUUCAAAUGAUAUAGUCGAGAUUACCUCAGCAGAUGAGAUUGAAACGGACCUACCAGAUGAGAGCGAACCUAAGGAGUUAAAAUGCGUGAUGUCAUUCUGUACCAUUGCAAACGGGCUAUCACAAGAAGAAUUUAAAGAAAUUAGCAGAAAAACCAGAGGUAAAUGGAAACGUUCUGAAACUGUACCACCGCCUUCUGAACUAUUGUUUGGAACAAAGAUUCCCGUAGAAUGGAUAGAUCCCAGAAAUUCGAUUGUUUUAGAGGUAAAGGCAAGGUCACUGGAUAAUACUAGUGCCAAAUCACAUAAAUAUAAGGUUGGAUGCACUCUAUUUGGUGGUUACUGUCGUCAAGUUCGAUAUGACAAAGAUUGGAGAAAUUGCUACACAUAUAGAUCAUUUCAGGAUGAUAGGAUGUCAAGAAAUAACCAGUAUAACAGUGCUAAUCACGAGUUAGUAUCCCCAAAGAGAAGAAAACUAAACAAAAAUUAUGGGAUACUGAGUUCUUUUCAGAACAAUACAGCUAACGUUAACAAAAAAACAGAAAUUUUUAGAAAUCUUUCGUUUUACGUUACGACCGAUUAUAUUGACGAAUGCAAUAGUAAAAGAAAUACAAAGGAAGACAUAAUUGAUACAAUUGUUGAAAAUGGUGGAAAAAUCGUGUACAACAUCUUAUUGAAGGAAUGGGAUUACAAACAUUUGCGUAUUAUAGGAAACCGAUACACUACCGAAUGUAAAACUUUGACCAGAAGAGGGUACGAUAUCAUAAGUGCAAAAUGGAUAAUUGACUGUAUCCAAAAUAAUCGUGUAAUAAAAUUAGAACCAGACCAUUGCUUUGAUGUAUCUAAGGAGUUGAGCAAUUUAGCACAUUGGAGAGUGGACAAAUUUAAGGAUAGCUACACAUCACUUGUGGAUGACAGUGCAAUACUAAAAUGUAUUGAAGAUAAUGUGGAUUCAGUUAAAGUUCAUGACAGUUAUAAUACAUAUUAUUCUAUUCCUCAAUUUCUUUUUUACAGAAGAGUCGUGUUUAUUGUGCAGGAUACAAUUUAUAACCCGAAUGUAUAUAAUUUGCAGAUUAAGAUCAAACUUUUUGGUGGUGAAAUUACAACUGAUCUCGAUACCUGUAAUUUAGUUGUUAUCGGUAUAAAGUAUUCUAUUGAUAUAGCGAAUGAUAUUAGGAACAUUCGGCACAGUUUUUCAAAACGUGUACGUGCGUCUUCUCAUGUACCAACCAUACCAUACAUCGUGAAUAGUCAUUGGAUAGAAGAGUCUAUUGAAAGGAACAUACAGUUGCCAGAAGAAGAUUUUCAGUACGUUACCUCAUGA